CUCGCGGAUUAUACACCAACCCCAGUUAUUGACAGUUUGAACGUCGUCGGUCGAGAACGUUUUUUAUAUUUUUUCGUCGCCGUCGCGAGAUUUGAUACGAUUUUUGCAAGGAGUUGUUAGUUUUCCGAACGCGAUGGCUGACGACGAUGUCUUCAACGAUGACAAAGAGGUCCUCACCGGAGCUUUAGCUCUGCGAGGUCGUAAAGGAGCGCUCAAGAAGCGGAACGUUUACAACGUUAAGGAUCACAAGUUUAUGCCAAGGUUCUUCAAACAACCCACGUUUUGCUCUCACUGUAAAGAUUUUAUUUGGGGAUUUGGAAAACAAGGAUUUCAGUGCCAAGUAUGUAGCUUCGUCGUGCAUAAACGCUGUCACGAAUAUGUCACCUUCAAAUGCCCCGGAGCGGAUAAAGGCGCAGAUUCCGAUGACACAAGAACUCGUCACAAUUUCAAAAAUCACACGUACAGCUCACCAACGUUUUGUGAUCAUUGCGGAUCGUUAUUGUACGGGGUGAUUCACCAAGGGAUGAAAUGCACAGCAUGCGACAUGAAUGUGCACAAGAGGUGUCAGGAGAGCGUCCCGAAUCUUUGCGGUUGCGACCACACGGAAAGGCGGGGUAGGAUUCAACUGAAAAUAUCCUGUACCGGAAACAAACUAACUGCAGAAGUUAUUCAAGGACGCAAUUUAAUUCCAAUGGAUCCGAAUGGUUUGAGUGAUCCUUACGUAAAACUGAAGCUUAUCCCCGAUUCGGAUAACGUUAAAAAGAAAUCAAAAACCAUUAAAGCGUGCUUGAAUCCAGUUUGGAAUGAGACGCUCGUUUUCGAUUUAAAAGCAGAAGAUAAAGAUCGACGUCUAUUGAUUGAAGUUUGGGAUUGGGACAGAACCUCGCGGAAUGAUUUCAUGGGUUCGCUUUCAUUUGGAAUUUCUGAAAUUAUUAAAGCUCCAUGUAACGGUUGGUUUAAACUUCUCACUCAAGAAGAAGGAGAGUUUUAUAAUGUUCCAGUUCCGGAAGAAGGUGUUGAUUUAGCUACAUUUAAAACUCAAAUGAGGAAGACUUCGAUCACUAAGAAACCUUCAAUAAUUUCCGAUAAGGAUGUUCCUCAUAAUAUGGGUAAAAAGGAUGUGAUUCGUGCCACGGAUUUUAAUUUUCUCAUGGUACUUGGAAAAGGAUCUUUUGGAAAAGUGAUGUUGGCUGAACGUAAAGGAACGGAUGAACUUUACGCUAUAAAAAUCCUUAAGAAAGACAUAAUCAUUCAAGAUGACGACGUAGAGUGUACGAUGGUUGAAAAACGGGUUUUAGCUUUGUCGAAUAAACCUCCAUUCCUAGUACAAUUACAUUCCUGCUUUCAAACUAUGGAUAGAUUAUAUUUUGUAAUGGAAUACGUUAAUGGUGGUGAUUUGAUGUUUCAAAUUCAACAAUGUGGAAAAUUUAAAGAACCUGUUGCUGUAUUUUAUUCUUCUGAAAUCGCUAUCGGUUUAUUCUUCCUGCAUUCACGAGGGAUUGUUUAUCGAGAUUUAAAGUUGGAUAACGUUCUUUUAGAUCAGGAUGGUCACAUUAAAAUCGCCGACUUUGGAAUGUGUAAAGAAGGAAUAAUGGGUGACAAAACUACAAAAACUUUUUGUGGGACUCCAGAUUAUAUCGCCCCAGAAAUCAUUUUGUAUCAACCGUAUGGAAAAUCAGUUGAUUGGUGGGCUUAUGGUGUUCUUUUAUAUGAAAUGUUAGUUGGUCAACCUCCAUUUGAUGGUGAAGAUGAAGAAGAACUUUUUGCAGCAAUUACAGAUCACAAUGUUAGUUAUCCUAAAAGUUUAUCAAAAGAAGCUAAGGAUGUGUGCAAAGGGUUGUUGACCAAAAAUCCUAAUAAAAGAUUGGGUUGUGGAUCUCAUGGCGAAGAAGAUAUAAGAGGGCAUGCAUUUUUCAGAAGGAUCGAUUGGGAGAAGAUUGAAAAUCGCGAAAUCCAACCUCCAUUUAAACCAAAAAUUAAACAUCGUAAAGAUGUUAGUAACUUCGAUAAACAAUUCACAUCUGAAAAAACCGAUCUUACACCAACAGAUAAAUUGUUUAUGAUGAACUUGGAUCAAACGGAAUUCAUGGGAUUCUCAUUCCUCAAUCCAGAGUUUGUUCAACACGUUUAAACUCAAUUUCCAUUUUUUUAAAUAAAGUUUAAUAUACUCAAAGAAAAUAAUAUAUAGUAAUUUUCAAUUAGGGUUAAAUGAAUGUAAAUACAGUAAAAUUUCGAUAGAACGGAUUAAGACAGGGAAGGAAGUGUCCGUUAUGUGAAAUAUAAUAUUUGAUAAUAGCUAUCAACACCGGUGCGUUCUGUAUUAGUUAGUUCUGCUUUUAGCUCAAUAAACAUUUACAAAAAUCUAGCGCUAAAUAACAACUAAAACUGGAGCUAGUAACACCAGACCUGCAAUUAGUAACUUGCUUGAAGCAGUUGCAAUUGAAUUAGAUCUAGUGUUAGUUCUACUUUUAGUGCAAUAAAAAUGUUUAAGAAUGUAGCGCUGAAUAACACUUAAA